AUGAGAUACGGACUUCUUGGGCCRAGUGGAUGUGGAAAAACGACUUUGUUGAAUUGUAUACUUGGUCUAACUACUUUGGAUGCUGGUAAAAUAUUUUUAAAAGCACAACGUCACUCGGAAAUAAGUUACAUGCCACAAGACAUAACGUUGCAUAAUAAUUUAACUGCACAUCAAACUUUCAUAUUUUAUGGAAAGUUAUACGGAAUAAAUGAUGAACAUAUAAAAAAGAGGAUUAACGAGUUAGUCCGUCUUCUGAGAUUACCAUCACUAAGCACGCAAAUUAAAAACUUAAGUGGAGGAGAAAAACGUCGAAUAUCGUUUGGGGUAGCAUUAUUCCAUGAUCCCAAAAUUAUGAUACUUGAUGAGCCCACCGUCGGUAUGGAUCCAGUUAUAAGGCAAAGCAUUUGGAAUCAUUUGGUUGAGCUCUCUCUGGAAGGAAAAACAAUCAUCAUAACUACGCAUUAUGUUGAGGAGGCCAUUAGAGCAAACGUGAUUUCCAAUAAAAAAUCUAAACAGGAAUAUUCAGUGGUUCUACCAUUUAGUAAGAAUCGAUUAAAAAACAGUUUCUCUUGGAGAAGAUUUCGAGCUCUAACAUAUAAAAAUGCAGCAGUUUUAUACAAAGAYCAUACAUUUUUAUUCUUUACAUUUGUUUUACCUCUGGUUCAAACUAUUGUGUAUAAUUUAUGUGUUGGACAUAACAUUCAAAAUGUAAAGUUGGGAGUGGUUAAUGAUGAAAUAAAAAACUGUAGCUCUGAUUUAUAUCAGCGAAAAUGUUUUUUAAAUGACCCAAAUAAUACAAAAUUGAGUUGUAUGUUUAUUGACCAUUUAAGAGCAUCCAAUAAUUAUUUGAUCUACUUCCCAAAUCUGAAGUCUGGUAAUGAUGCAUUAAAUUCCAAUUUUAUAUGGGGUUUAAUUUACUUCACUUCAAACUAUACAUUGACUUUGAAAAAUCGUCUCAAUAUCUUUGUCAAUAGUUAUGAUAUAGACUUUAGCUCAGUGCAAAUCACGUUAGAUUCAACCAAUUACAUCAUGAAAUUAAAAAUAAAGGACGAUAUAACUUCAACGUUUGUGAAAACAUUAAAAGAAGCAACUAAGUAUUGUAAUAUAAGUGAAAAACCAUAUUCUUACCCAAUUUCAAUUCAAAGUAUAGGAAACGUUAAAGUCACUGAAUUUAUUCAUUCAGCUUCUCCAGGAUUUAUAGUUUUAUUAGCUUUUUAUUUCCCAAUGAUUUUAUCAACUGGAUUACUGUUGUCGGAGAAAGAUGAGGGAAUAAUAAGUCGAAUAAUGGUUGCAGGGGUAAAAUUCUUUGAAUAUGUUGUGUCUGUAGUAUUUCUCCAGACAAUGGUCCACAUUAUACAAUCAUCGAUUGAAAUAUUUAUUAUGUAUUUUGUAUUUAAUAACCCAAUUUCAUCAAAUAACUUUUGGAUAUUUGCAAUGGCUAUAAUGAUUAUUGGAUAUCAAGGAAUGUUCGCAGGAAUAUUAGUAGCUACAGUAUCGAAAAAUUACACAAUGGCAACCCACAUUAAUAUGGGAACGAAUGUCUUAUUUUCAUGUUUAUGCGGACUUAUUUGGCCGAUGGAAAGCGCACAUCCUGUUUUAAAAGCUUUCAAUCGCUUUUUACCUUUAUCUAUUGCGUCGGAAACAAUUGGAAAUUUGACWCUUAAAGACUGGCCUUUACAUCAUCCUUUAGUUCUACGUGGAUUAAUAUUGACAAUUUUAUGGUUAAUAAUAUUUGCUGCACCAGUGUGUUUUUUUAGUUUAUUUAAAAAAGAUACAUGGCUCAAACCAAAAUAG